AUUCCUAUCUUCUGUGCCUUUAAGAUAUAUCUAUCAUCUGGAAAUGUGGAUAUAGUGUAGCAUUAAAAAUGCAAAGUAUGUAAUUGGACUGUUAAUAAACUGGUAAUUGUAAGUUAAAACUUUAAAGAUACAUUGUGUGCAUCGUUCCAGGUUACAACAAACAAACAAACUAACAAACAAAAGCAUACUAACAGUAUAAAAGGUAUACACUUGGUAAAAGGUAUAAUACCAUCAUAAAAGGUAUGAUACCAUCCCAGUACAAGUAAUGGUACAGUUUAGUACUCUUGUUUCUGAGAGUGUAGGGACAAUACCAUAAGCACCAUCUGCUCUCUCAGUAAUCUUUCAGUACUCUAUGCACUGUGCAUCUCGUUUUUUAAAUUUUUUAUAGAAUAGCUUCUUAAGAUGCACAUUUAGGAAUCUCUGUUUUUCUUUUCUUUCUCAGCAGUGCUAUUUUGGGAAUUGUUCCAUUCAGAAAUAGCCUAUAAUAAUAACAUGCUCUGUGGAGUGUAAAUGUGUUCCCGGACUCUUGCACCUGCCCAGGGGCCCCGCGACUCACACAGACUCCGCCCUUCCACAGACGCGAACAUAUAGCGCUGAGUGCUGAUUGGCUGGCACAAGCUGUCGCGCUUUAGAUGACCACGCCCCCUUGUGAAAGAUGUGGCGGGCGAGAUGUUUGUUGCUGUGGAGUUCAUGAGGGCUGGUGUGGUCAUAUUUAAGUUAACGGUCAGUCAGGAGAAAACGGGAUGAAUAUUGAGUCAGUUGUCGUGGCAGAUAACACAAAGUAUUACUGUAACUGUAUUCCAUUUCUGCUAAGCGGGAAGGUAUUAUUAGUUUAACAAUUUGUCAAGUCUGUGCUGAACGGUUCAGCCUCCGACAAAUGUCAUGAAUGGAGUUGCCUUCUGCCUUGUUGGAAUACCACCGGACUCUCAAAGUGAAAGGCAGCACAUAGUCCCUCAUGCUUGCCAAGCUCUUGCUGCAAUGACGCUAAUCCAGUGAGCUUCUCAAGUCUCAGUAAGGAAUGCCCUUUCCCUGUGUCAUGGAGAUUAUGGGCCUAACAGAACCACUCUCUUCUUUGGGGAGACACCAGAAGUGAGCCAUUGACUAUCUGACAGAGUACAGUCAUGACCUUCGUAGAAUUAAAUCCAAAUCCAGUCAGAACAUUAAAGUGAAACUAUAUCAGCUGUUUAUCUGUGUUUCUAGUUCUCAUUGUCAUACUUCUGUUUUACUUCCUGUUUAGGACAGGCUGACAGGCUCUUUAGCUCAUUAUGAUAAAGUUUUGAAUGUGUCUGGCCUUUCACCCUUUUUUAGCGAGCAUGUCAGGAGAGGGGAGCUACUCGUGAGUGUGUGGAGUGACAGGGAGCAAAUUAAGCUGCCCCAGACUGGCAUUCUUUAUAAGGGAAAACAGCAAGUGAAGUAAGGAGAGAGAGAGAGCGAGAGAGGGCUAGAGAAUGAGAGUGGGCUUUUGAAUGGUCUUUGCUCAUAUCUGAGAGUGGGAGGUACAAGGCAGGCUUGGUCUUGUCUUUGAAAUGCAGUGGUGACAAUGAGCUUCUGUCUCUGCCAGGCUCAGAGUGGGGUGAGACAUGCUCCUGUGUCACGGGAGGGGCGGCGUUCUGCGUAGGUCAGAGGUGAAAGGUCAGGCGCAACUGUUCAGGCUCUCUUUUUGAAUGGAAACAGUAAGUUAUAUAUGUUUCAAGGGACCUGGUGUGAAGACUGACAGGAGCUCAAAGGGAGGCAAAAGGGCCAAGAGAUGGAGUUCUGUUGUCCAAUGAGAAAGCACGUUCAGUGUCCAGGGAAGGUGUGGCAUGGAAGGGCCCUCGUACAGUGGUGCUGCAGAAGAACUCUCAGGGCUUUGGGUUUACACUACGGCACUUCAUAGUGUACCCACCAGAAUCUGCCCUCCACACCUCUGUGAAGGAUGUAGAGAAUGGCAAUGGAAAAGGGACUCAUAGGGGCCGCCUGGAGCCAAUGGAUACUAUUUUUGUGAAGAGCGUGAAGGAGAUGGGUCCUGCCCACCAGGCUGGGCUCUGCACAGGAGACCGACUAGUAAAAGUAAAUGGGGAGAGUAUUCUGGGGAAAACCUACUCUCAGGUUAUAGCACUGAUCCAAAACAGUAAGAGUGUGCUGGAGCUUUCCAUUAUGCCUAAAGAUGAGGAUGUACUCCAGUUGGUAAGUGCAUACUCUCAUGAUGCUUAUCUGAAAGGGAAUCAACCAUACACCGGAGGGGCUCAAAACCUUCCAGAGCCUCCUCCAAUCUGCUACCCUCGCAGCAAACCCAGCUCCUCCGGUAUGCCUGGCAACCUGAACUGCAGGCGUGGGUCAGCAGGUCUCUUAGACACCCGCUCCAUGGGAGACAGUAUUGGGGGUACAGGCCGCCGCUCAGAUAUCCCAAGCCUCCAUGCGCUUCGUAACCAGCGUGCUCGCUCCUCAACCAUAGCCAUCAGCCCUCUGGACUUUCACUUUGCCAACCACAAUGCGGCCAUCACCUCAGCCUCCCUGCCCCACCCGCGGAAGGGCAGCCUUCCACUGUCACAGAGUGAGCUGUGUCACCAGGCCCUGGCUAAAUGGUACCACAGCCAGACAACAGAGCGCUCAGGCAUGUCACACCACCACCGCAGCAUCUCUCAGGACACACUGCUUUGCCACUAUGGAACAGCCACAGGAUUCAACCAGUCCCCUUACAUAGACUCGUGUUGGAUGGGUAGAUGGGGUAUGACUGGGGCCCAGCAAUCAAACCGCUCCUGCUCAGAAAAUCUACUGGCUUCUUAUGCUGAAUACGAGAAGAGCCAUGGGCGCUCGCUAGAGAAAUUGGACAAGGCAGCUGCUCUGGUUUCACCACGCUAUGAGAAGUCGGCCUGUGCCCCACAGAGCGGCCAGCCAAUCAGAAAAGAAGAGCAGCCCUGCUUGGCUAAUCAGCGUGCAGUAAUUUGUGCAGAUGUGCCGCCUCUGGGCCGGGGAUCCAGCCAUGCCCAGGAGCAGACAGGCUCUCAGGCUUAUCAGUCAGCCCAGCCCAGAUGUUUGCCCACACAGACAGUAGAUGACCAGAUGGUGGGCUACCGCAGCUAUAGUCCCUCUUUCUGUCGCAAAGCGGGCCACCUCAUGCAGCAGGCUCACUCCUUUAAAGAUUCUUCCUACACUGGUCCUCACCUUAGCUGGACUACCACACCUAAAACCAGCCCCCCAGAUACUGUACAUUCUUCAGGCAGAGAUUCGUCCCCUCUGUCCAUGUCUUCCACUGCCGAGACACAGAACUCUGCAAAGGAAAGCUCAGGUAGUGGACCAACAGUGGAGGAGCCUGUUCAAGCACAGAUGCAAGAAGUAGUCCUCAGACAGAAGUCUCCCUCUGGCAAAUGUACUCCCCACGCAAUGCGCCACCCAAACUACGCUGUGCCUGUGGAUCUACUCGAACCUCCUGUUGCCUCAGCCCCUGCGCGGUCCAAUGGUACCCUGCAACCCCUGCCUGUGGAGCAGGACUCCCUGGCUUCCAUUCCCUUUAUAGAUGAGCCUACCAGCCCCAGUGUAGACCUGCUUGCCCAGCACGUGCCUGCCUCCUCUGUGGUGUCCAGCAGCCUGUGCCAGGCACCUACCCUGACCAGCAGCCCUAUCCCUCCCUCCCUUACCUCCCCUCUCACCCAUCUCUUCGACACAGAUUUCAGCACUGUCAAGAACAGCCGUCGCUCUUCCUACCUGCUGGCCAUCACAACUGAGCGCUCCAAGUCUUGUGAUGAGGGUCUGAACACAUUCAGAGAUGAAGGCCGCGUGUUUACGAGAUUACCAAAAAGAGUCAAAAGCUUUUUUACAGAGGGUUCCCUUGAGAGUCUGCGAGCGGCAGAGGAAGCUCGCUCCAAACGCCACUCCACCUCUGAGCUCGGCAACAUCACGCUAACGGAUAUCAGAAAAGAGGGCUGGCUGCACUACAAACAGAUCCUUACAGAGAAGGGCAAGAAAGUUGGUGGUGGUAUGCGGCCAUGGAAACGGGUCUUCUCUGUGCUGCGCUCCCAUUCGCUCUUUCUGUACAAGGACAAGCGUGAGGCGGUGCUCCAUGGAGCUGGGUCAUUGGGCCAUGGUGGUGGUGGUGAGGAUGAGCAGCCCAUCAGUAUCCGUGGCUGCUUGAUUGACAUAGCCUACAGCGAGACGAAGCGGAAACACACACUACGACUCACCACACAGGACUUCUGUGAGUACUUGCUGCAGGCAGAGGACCGGGAUGACAUGUUGAGCUGGAUCCGCAUCAUCCGCGAGAACAGCAAGACCGACAAUGAGGAACUUGGUUUUUCCAGACAGGCCCUCAUCAAUAAGAAACUAAACGAUUACAGGAAACAAAGCCUAACAGGUACUAAGCCAGACACUUCUCCCAGAGUCCACAGGAUGAUGCAACCAUUUCUCCUCUCAAAGACAGACAGCAGCUCAGGAGUGAACCGAUCCCUGAAGACAGAGAGCAAAGAGGAGAGCAGUCCCCCUAAGGCUACAUGGAGCAUCAACAUUAUGAAAAAAGGAAAGAAAGCCGGCCCUAAGGCCUUUGGGGUUAGACUAGAGGACUGCCCUCCGGGAGCCAAUAAUAAGUUUGUGCCUCUGAUUGUGGAGACCUGCUGCAGCCUGGUGGAAGAGAUGGGUUUGGAAUAUACAGGGAUCUACAGAGUGCCAGGGAACAAUGCCAUGGUGUCCACCCUACAGGACCAACUCAACAAGGGCAUGGAGAUCAACACUGCUGAAGAGAGAUGGCAGGACCUGAAUGUAAUCAGCAGUCUCCUUAAGUCUUUCUUUAGGAAGCUUCCAGAACCCCUUUUCACUGAUGACAAAUACAAUGAUUUCAUCUAUGCCAAUCGGUUAGAGGAUGCUGGAGACCGGUUGAAGACAAUGAGAAAACUGGUUCGUGACUUGCCUGAUCAUUGCUACCACACACUUAAAUUUCUGAUCAGCCAUCUUAAGCGAGUGGCAGAUCACUCAGAGAAGAAUAAGAUGGAGCCCAGAAACCUUGCUCUUGUGUUUGGUCCCACGCUUGUGCGUACCUCAGAGGACAAUAUGACCGACAUGGUCACUCACAUGCCUGACCGCUACAAGAUUGUGGAGACUCUCAUUUUGCAUCAUGCCUGGUUCUUCAAUGAUGAGUUGAUGGAUAAAGAUGAGAAGACCCCUGAAGACCAACGGGAUGAGCAGCCCAUUCCAAAUAUUGACCACCUCCUCUCCAACAUUGGCCGAACAGCACCACAGGGGGACACCUCAGAUUCCACUAACAGCGAUUCAGCUAAAUCCAAGGGAUCCUCGAUUUCAAAGAAAGAUGUGAGUGCCAAGGAUUUCCUUCCCCUGUCCAUCAUAUCUGCUGUGACCCGGAAGAGAAAGAAGCAUCGGAGUGCCUGCCCUACAGACAGCAGUAGCGAUGAGGACUCAGAGCACGAGCCGGUGAAAGCCAGCAACUAUGGAGAGCUGAGUGAGAAUGGGGGGAAUGAGAGCGAUGGAGGUCAUGAGGAGAGCAAGAUGGGGUGUGCUGCCCAAAGCACAGAAAGCCAGACGACAGAAGUAGAUGAAAAGGAUGUAGAAGGAAAACGUAUGAUGGAGUCACAAGAGGAAAGAGAACAGGAGGUGGGAGGGAGGGAGAGUGGAGGUAGCGAGCAAGAGGACAUACAAGUGGGCGUCAGUGUGAGGGUGCAGUUAGGGCGAGAACAGCCGCAGCGGCCUCGCAGCUUCCUCUACUCUCACCAGAAUUCUCCAGGGCCGAGAGUCACAGACCAGUCAGCCAGCAAUCCCUCGUCCCCCUGCUCCAGUGAUGCCCACAGGCUCAGCCAGGUCAACUCAGCAAGCCGUAAGAAGCUGCGUGGAGAGAGGGCGCGCCCUCGCUCUUUAUAUGAGGAACCAGGUCUGGAGAGGGCUGUGGGUCUGGCCCGAGUCAAAGCCUCACUUGUGCGCGGCCAGGAGAGGCUGCGUCAGGCCAUGUCCCCCAGCAGAGACACCUCUGUCCAGCAGAGUUGGUUGAGUCAGGUACAUGCCAACUUACUUUCCUCUGCCAACGACUUGUGGAGGUCAGGGACUCAGCGGCGACAUGCUUCCCCAGAGACGCGCCGCAGGCGGAGAGACUGGAGACGCCAUACAGUGGUGGGAAAUAGUGGGGAAGGCUAAACAAGGACAUCUAAACACCCUGAAUCCUAAUGCAUUAACACGCUGAAGGGAAAUAAAGCACAGUACUCAAAUAUCAAGUGUGAAGGCAUAAGGUUCAGUUUAAGUCUUAAAAUGAAGGAAAGCUUGGCUAGAGAUGAAUCAUUUCGGUUAUUAAUUGCAUAUUUGCACCAUGCCGAAAGCAAGUGUUUCAUGUAACAUUUAUGCAAUAAAGGCUUAAGGCCUUUCGGCAUUCUGCACUGGUGCAAUAAAUAACUGAAGCCCUUUCCAGCUUCAUUUCCAGCUCAUCUCCUUCAUCACUGGAGGAGGGCACUUCAGCUGAAAGAGCAGGAUCCUCACUGCACAUCUGCAAGACUUUGCACUGCACCUUAUCAGCAACACCAAACACAAAAUGGCUCCCGACCUCAGGUGCCAGAACAGAGAGCUGUGGAGCAGCCAUAACAAUACAUGCUGCCACCUAUUCGUAAUUCUCACACCAUGUACAUACAUUGCUAAAAAGGGUCUGGUGUGAUUCACAAAUGUGUCUUGUUCUCCUGCACCCAUUCCCCAAAUAAACACAGUCUUCCCUUGUUUGAGUGGAAAUGACAGUAUUACACACAAAGUGGUUGUGGCAAAAACAGCUGAAAGCAGCUGCACUGAGAUAUGACAUAACCUUACCUUCAGCUCUGGCGUGCCAAUCAAUCUCGUUCUUUCUUUUCUGUGUUUUGACCUACAAUAACUGUUCUCCUCUGGUGGCUCUGAGCAGCCACUGCAGAUUUUUAUUAUGUUUGACCAGUUAUUACUUCCAACCUCAUGUUGUGUAUGACCUAACAUGUCUGUCCUGUGUGUUAUAUUGUCUUUGCCCUGUGCGUGUACAUUUAUGCACUAUGUGGGUGAUCAUGUGGACCAAUUUUUUUUUUUUUUUUGUAACAGUUGUACAAAGCCUUGCUAAGUUAACCUCUGUGUACAAAUGAUACAUGUGGUUGUUUUGAAUUGUCCCUUUUUUAUUUUUUAACUUUUGGACUGUUACAUAAAGAUGUCUUAUUUCUA